AUGAUAAAAGAUAACAGAAGGAUAAAAAGAAGAAUAUCUCAUCAAAAAUAUGAAUUAGAAAAACUCUAAUAGAGUGAACUUAUCCACUUUGAAAAUUAUACAUCUGAUGAGCUAGAAAAAAAAUAAAAAACUUAAGGUGUUAGCCCUGUUAGUAUAAAAAUUAAUCGAUAAUAAUUUGGAUUGCCUAAAAUUCAACAUUCUCCAAAUAUUCAAACCAAUAAAUAUAUUGGAGAAUUUAAUAACAUGUUAGGAAUCUUAACUAGUAAACAUUAAAUUCCUCAUCGAAAUAAUAGUUUGAAUAGGAAAGUAUAUUAUAAAAAUAACAAUGAUACAUUUAUUGAGAGAUAAAAUUUUGUAAUCAAUCAAUUUUUUAGGCCAAGAAAAUUAGGAGUUUGUAGAUGA